AUGGAUUCCGGAUCAAAAUUGAUGGUUGUCGCAACUUUCCUGCUUCUAACCAUUUCGAGUUUCUUUGUAGUUGACGCGAAACUUGCAGACACAAGCAUUAUCAGGGGACCAGAUUGCGUCGGCAAGUCAGAGGAUCAAGAGUACAACAGCAAAGUGGCUCGUCUCAUCGACAUUUUUGUGGACGAGACAAAAAAUGUGAAACGCAGGCACCACAACGACUACAGUUAUGUUCACAGCUACCCGAAUCGCGACAACGGCUCAGUUAUUGGAGGUGCUACCUGUGACAGGCACCUCUGGAAACUGGAUUGUUGGGCAUGUUUGGUCACUGCUAAGAACAAACUUAGCACAAAUUGUGAGCAUACCCUCGAAGCUAGGCUCGAACUCACUGAUUGUUCCAUCUGGUACAAGAUGAUCCAAUAA